CAGAGUGAGAGCUCGAGUGUUAACCUUCUGCCGCACUCACAGUCAACCCCAAGGAGGAGCGAUGCCUUUCGGGCUCAUCUCGCCAGGAAAGGACGGAUACCACCGUUAAAUAAAUUUUUAAAAAUACGUUUUUUUUAUAUAGAAAGUUAAGCAUUUACUAAAAAUGGCUGUACGUGGUAACACCUUGAACCCGUUCUCCAUCCAGGCUAUUUUAACCAGAAAGGAUGAGAAUCGACACUCGAAAAGUUUGGGCGUGUCUUGCUUUUCGCCUGCUACCUGUUGGAAGAUGUUGGACAAUUUGAAUUCCUGUCCAAAGAUGAAUCCCUCCUCCGGGAGAAUCGAGGCAAGCAGCGAUCUGCCGAGUGAACAGCUCUGUUGUGACUCAGAUUCGGGCGUCAGUGAUGAAAAUGACAGUAAAAACCUGUCGAUUUGCAACUCGGAAAGGGAGUUGGAGAUUUCUGCAGCCUGUUCCUUACAGUCGAAACCAAUGAAGGAAGCCCGAUCGAGUCUCAGUGAAGAGACCGAGAAAAGCGAUAGCAAGGACUAUCUGUGUAACCGGGGGAGAGCGGAAAAUUUAUCAGCUCCAAGUCCAGUUGAUGAAGAGUUGAAAUCGGGCCAAACCCCGGACCAACCCAAACAGAGGAAGAAACGCUCCCGAGCCGCCUUCUCCCACGCUCAGGUAUUCGAGCUCGAGCGCCGCUUCAAUCACCAGAGAUACCUCUCGGGUCCCGAGCGGGCGGAUCUGGCCGCCUCUCUUAAACUCACGGAAACUCAGGUCAAAAUCUGGUUCCAGAACCGCAGGUACAAAACCAAACGCCGCCAGCUUGCUGCUGACUUGAUGGCCUCGGCUCCAGCAGCAAAGAAAGUGGCAGUGAAAGUGUUAAUCCGAGAUGAUCAAAGACAGUAUAGCCCGGGAGAGUUGCUAAGACCUUCACUGCUUUCACUUCAACCGUCUUACCAGUACUAUCCAUUCACCUAUUGCCUGCCUGCGUGGACAGUGGCCGCUUGUACAGGAACUCAAUAGCUGUGUUUUUAAGAACAAAGUCUCAGAUCCACGCCCUUAGAACUCCAAUAUUUAUUUGCGUUGGUUUUUUUUAGUAUACGCUGCAGACUGGACUCGGCAGACGGAGUUUCCAUGGUAUCCAUGUCCUUGAUAUUUAAUUCAAAUCUAGCUUCAAAUAACGAAAGACUGUCCGCGAGGAGCAAACGGAGAAAAGGUGCUUCUCUAAUUUUCACUGAAAGGAAUCUCGAUGUUUUGCAUUGGUUGGACAUUAUUUUUUCAUUCCCUUUAGCGAAGUAAUGUGUGCUGAAUGUAAGAACCAAAGAGAAACUGCGGGUUGUCUCAUAAGUGCAAAUAUCCAUAGAGAUAUAUAUUUUAUUAUACUUCCUGAUUAAGAACAGCAGAGGAAAGAGCAAAACAUUUAACAUUUUCUCACAGGUUGCUUUGGGUUGAUGUUGUGAAGAUGUUUGCCCCAACUCCAAAACAUUUCGAUCCAUGAUUAUAUUCGAGCAGUAUAGGGGUAAGAAUCUAGCACUUUCCAUUUUUAAAAAAAAAUAUUUAGUAGUGCUUAGUGUGGGCGAUCAUAUUGCAGGCUUUUCUUUAAUAGUAGCGUGUGAAAUUUUAUCUGGUUGAUGGUUUCUCCUGAAUAGAUCCAGGAUUAAAAGAAUAUGAAUGAAUGUUUAAAUAAUUGCAGCACAACGACAAAAGGAUGGCUCGUUUCAGGAUAGUGCAUUUGGAGUUGUGUAUCUCUUAUAAAAUCGUGCA